GCACGUCUUGUUGUAGAAACACCUCCGAUAUCCCUGAUAUCCAAUGACUCGAUCGAUAAAAACAUCCAGCAGGCACGGUCGAGCAUGUUCCCGAUCCAAGUUUCACCUAAGCGAAAGCAGGAGGGGGGAAGCGGUGGAAGCGGGAGUAACAAUGUCGCUUGUCUACCUCGUCGUCAUCGUGCUCCAUUGAUGUAUAUUCUACAGCGAUGUCGAUGCUGAUGCCGCCAGCAACUCUCAAUCGGUUUGAUUUGACGUUGGUAAUCUAAUGGAUGAUUCUCCCGCAGUGACCUCGACGCCGAUGCCACCAAAAUUAUGUGUUGUCGUAGUAAAUUUUCAGAUUUGUUGUGAUUAUUCUCUAACGGGAUUUUUUUUAUGUUUUUAAGUAAAAUACACUUGUGUAGCCAAAACUAUCACGUUUGUGCCACAUAUAGCCACUUUUGGCGAAAUACCAUUAAUAGUCAUUUCCGUCCAAUUCUUUAACGCUGUUAACGUUAAAUCUGACUGAGAAAACGCGGGGCUUACGUGGCCCGCCUGAGUUUUCCACGUGGAUAAUAAUUAAAAAAAUGGAGAAAAAGACCAGAACACCUAAUUUUUACCCACCCACCAUUAUACUCUAUCUUAUCGUCUUCUUCGAAUUCACCUACCCUUAUUCCCAUCUUCGAGCGACGAAGUCAACGAUCUGCCUCCGACGACCAGCGUACCCUACCUCUAUUCCUGCCUCCCCCAUCGAUAUACCCCUUUUCCUCCAGUCCCGCUCUUCCUCCAUUGAGCGAUCUGACCCUAUCGCCUCCUUCCUCGAUAAAGACAUACAUGCAUCAGAUGGGUUGACCAACCAGCAACUAGCUUUGACGGAGUCUUUCGAAGCUUGUUUUCUGCUGAAUGCUUUGAAGGAAUUUCGGAAUCGACCCAUAGCAGACGCGAUUUUACUGGGUUUGUUGAAACCCUAAUCUCACUUCAAAAGGGGAUUUGUGCUCCCACUCGUGUGUACCGACUAGUAAGGUUCUUUUCUUGGUUCCUUUAUUGUGGCUAUGGAUUGUGGGGUGAAGGUUCUUAUAGUUUCUUCCUUCUCUUCCUUAUUUGGUUGGUCUCGAGCUGUAAAGACAAGAAAGCAACACGGCAGAGGAAUCUCGGGACCACCGAAAGGCAAGUUUCCCCCAUAUCUGAAGGUGAAUUUGUCAAUUUACUGGGUUAGAAUUGUCGAUUCCUCUUUGAUCCCCCUGAACCCUAGAAUUGAAUAUUGUUAUUCGUUAUUGUUUUCCAUUUGUUUGGUAGAGAUUAAAAUAUAGUUAGCAUUGUAGUUAAUGGUGUUUAAAAAAAAUUAAAUGGUAAUGACAGAUGGCUGAUUCUUGGGACUCUGCUUUUGGGGAGAACGAUCCAGAGGCUUUGGUUUUAUCAGAUGUGUCCUUGGCUGCAGAAGAUUUUAUUAAGGCUUAUGUUGCUCGAGACAUAUACCACGUAUAUGACUCUGAUGAUGCAGAUACUUCUGACGAGGAAUACCACGAACCAAGGUCCUACUUGCAAGCUUAUGGGGAGAUUAAGAAAAGGAAGGUGAAGGCGUUUAUUAAUGGCCAUGGGGAGGAGGUCGAGCAGCUGGACGAUUUUGAAGAAGAGGAAUCCGAUGAUGAAGAUUCUGAAGAUGAUGUGUUGGCUGACGAAAGAUUUUCGCUUUUCAAACGUCACUCGUUCAAAGUUUACAACCUUAUCAUACCAAUGUCGAAUUACAUCAACAAUGUCGAUUCAUUUCUUACAGCACAACAAUCGAUUUGCAGCAGGAUACUACAUAAUAACGUGGUGAAACCGAAGAAUAACCAAUAUUAGUGUUAUGGGACAAUUGAAGUACCACAUCGGAAAUACAAGGAAAGGAACCCUUGUAUAUUAGUGUCCACCAAGCUCAUUAGUACGAGGCCUUUUGGGGUGGACACCCAAGAGUAAAACCGUGCGGGCUUGGCCCAAAGCGGACAAUAUCGUACUAAUGGGUUGCCCGAUUCGACAAGUGGUAUCAGAGGCUGGUUCGGUCUAGGGCGGUGGACGUAAGUUUGGUGGGACCCUCUUUCGGUGACCUCGAGAUUUGAGAUCUGCAUUUGUGUGGCGGGUCAAAGGUGACUCGCGUCUGUUUGGUGGAUCUAGGAGAGAUCCACGUCUAUUUGGGCUUGGCGGAUCAAAGAGAGUUCCGCAUUUGUUUGGGCUUGGCGGAUCAAAGAGAGUUCCGCAUUUGGGAAGCAGAUCAAAGAGAGUUCUGCGUCUAGUAAAGUCCUUGUACCGAG